AUGCAUAAGCAUGGGAAGAGGUUACAUAUGGGAUCGUAAAAUCAAUAAUCUCUAACAUCUCUAAAUUCAAAGAAUGCUAAUUAAGAAACAGAAAAACAAUAGGAUCAAUUUGAAAUAGUGCAACAAAGCUUUGAGAAUUCGAUGUAAAUGAAUGUGAAGGAUCACAUUGACAAGUUGUUUAACAUAUUAAAUAAAAUCAAGGAUGAUUUGAAGGUGAGCCGAGACGACAUGAAUGUCAUACGGGAAGAAUUACAUAAAAUGAAAUCCAAUUAAUAUCGAGAAGAGGAUCAAAUAACGAAGGCAUUACUUUCAGAUAUAAACAAACAAAAUAGUGAGUUAAAUAAAUAAAAGAUUGACACACAAACGGUCUAUGGAAGUCUGAAUAUGCAAAUCUCAAGUUUAUAUUGCGAUAAAGAUUUUCUUAAUGGGAAUACUACCAAGGUGGAGUUGGAUACAAAUAUGGUGGAAACUCAUGUAGGUUUUAGAAGAGUGUAUGAUUGA